CGUGCCCGCCCUGAGGGGGCGACCGAGGCCGCGCUGCCGCCCGGCGCCGCCCUGCGCCUGCGUGGCGCUGCCUUCUUCCCUCCCUUCGCUCCCUCCCUUCCCUCCCUCCAUGGGGCCAUGGGCGGCUGAGGCGGAGCGGAGCAGCGGCACCGCCCGGGCGUCUCGGGCGCCUUCUUCGCCUGCCCCAUGUCGGCGCGGCUCGGCCGGGCGGCGCUGCUGCUGCUGGGGCGGCCGGGGGGCCCCGCUGCCUCCGUGCCCUCCUCGUCGUCCUGCCUGGGCUCGCUGCGGGCCCCGCCGCGUUGCUGCUGCCGCCGCCUGGGCAGCCUGAGCGGCGGCACCGAGGGGCUGCUCCUGCCCGGGGGGGCUCCGCCGCCGCCGCCCGGCCGGGCUCUGGGCACCCACCCCAAGAAGGAGCCGAUGGAGGCGUUGAACACGGCGCAGGGAGCCCGCGACUUCAUCUACAGCCUGCACUCCACCGAGCGGAGCUGCCUGCUGCGGGAGCUGCACCGCUUCGAGUCCAUCGCCAUCGCCCAAGACCCCAUAACAGCUCGGGGAAGCUGUCAGCAAUAUGGGGAGACCCGGGCACACCAAGAACCAAAUGGGGCCUGUUCCUCAGUCCAUUCGCAGGCCUACCACCGGGAGGAUGCAGUCCCAUCAACUAAUUGCCCUAGCGCGAAAUAUGACAGGACACACUAUCUGUGGCCUCCCCUAAUGGCAGAGGCUAGAGGGAAACCCAGCCGCUGCCGUGGCUGCUCCGCUGAAGAACGGUCCUCAGAGAAGUUGGAGGUUGCGCCGCCAUCUCCAGGACAACUGAAACAUGUGUUCUUCCACAAUGCAUUGCCUUUUGUAGGGUUUGGAUUUUUGGAUAACGCAAUUAUGAUUGCUGCGGGAACCCAAAUAGAAUUGUCAAUUGGAGUUAUCCUAGGAAUUUCAACCAUGGCAGCGGCUGCUCUGGGAAACCUUGUUUCAGAUUUAGCUGGACUGGGGCUUGCAGGUUAUGUAGAAGCUUUAGCGUCACGACUGGGUCUGUCAAUCCCUGAUCUGACACCAAAACAAGCCGAUAUGUGGCAAACGCGUCUUAGUGCACACUUGGGUAAAGCUAUUGGAGUGACCAUUGGCUGCAUUUUAGGAAUGUUUCCUUUGUUGUUCUUUGGCGAUGAGGAAGAAAAACUGGAAGAAAAAAAUUAACCUUUUUACAAGACAUAUACAAAUGUAAACUAAUGUACCUCAAUUAUUCAAUUAUGCUGUCAAUAUUUAGGAAUUAACAGACAGUAAAAAUGUAUAGACUUGGGAACAAAACCUUCAGCAUGUCAUUUUAUGGAAACACUAAUUUAUUGUGGCUUUGUCGUGUUCAGUACUUCUUUUUAUAAGAUACCAUUUAGCGUUUUAUUUAAUGUAAAUUUUUGAAGUGUUUUCACUUACAGCAAAUGGUGUUUACCACUUCCCCUUUUUGACCUUACUCUUGAAUGGAUUAUUACUCUAAUAAUCCACCAUGGAUGACAUUAUCACUCUUGAGUUGCAUAUUGGUUGCUUAACAGUUGUAAUUGCAUGACAAAAAUUUCAUUGCUGUUCAUCAGGUCCUUCAAUGCAGAUUAAGAUCAGUGAUGAGUGAUUUGAAAUCCCUCGCUUUGCAAGACGAUUGGUUGCCCCCUCACCAGCUGUCGUUUUGCACUGCCUCUAGAUCAGAUAUUUCAGUGAUCUAUGUCAGUCUAGUUUGCAUUUCUUUACAAUUCCAUUUCUCUGAAUUGUCUCCUGAGAUGAUCAUUUUAAUGCCUUGACAAGGUAAGUGUUUCUCAUAUAGUAUCCUUACCAAGUGCAUUUUAGAGGUGGUUUAACACCACCUUCUGUACCUCCAUAUUCAUGUCUUUUUCUCUCCUUUGUAAGCAAUAUUUUGAGAAUUCAGUUGAGAUCUCCUUAAACUGAUCUUCCUGAGCUUUCAGUGUGGUAUUAAAGAAUUCACACUUCCUAUUUCAAAACCACAACUUUUUUUUUUAUUCUGUUUAGCUAUUCACACUUUAUUUUAAUGGGGUAGAUGAGGCUGGGGAGCCCUUCAAGGUAUGAAUGAGUACUGGCACUGCAAGUUUGUGAUGGGUGGCUCAACUGAAACAAUAAUAAUAAUAAUAUGUACUGUUAGUCUGGAUUAGAGGACCUGAUUUGCAGAUUAUAACUUUGUAUUUAAGAUUAAACCCUUGCGCUUUUUUUUUUUUUUUUUUUUUGCUGUGAUACAGUUCUUUAAAAAAGAAAAAGAGACUUGAGGCCUUCUUCCUUUUCUGCCUUUUAUUUUUUCAGUCUUAUCUGGUGUAUUAUAGAUCUGACAGUGCAGUCACAUGUAACUGUGCUUUUUUAUAUGGUCAUGAAUAAAUAAAUUAUGAUUACAACUAUCAAAUACUCAUAUUUCGGGAUCCAACUUGACAGGAACAUAAUGAAUGCUAAACUGAUAACUGUUGAUUGCAAAGGAGGGGUUUUCUUAUGUUUGAACACCAUUUGGAAAAGACACUAAAAAGAAGCACAGCCAGGGUACUUUGAAAGCUUUGUCACUGGAAUUGUUAGCACUUCUGAAACCUAGAAAUAAAUGGUUUAAAAGAAAAAUUAAAUCCCAUGAUUUUUAUUUGCUAUGGAAAGUCUUACUGUAACAUACAUAUGUUUUAUGGAGCUCAUUGCUUACCUCUUGGCUGUAAAUCUGUUUCUAUUUUUUUAGAAGCCACUUAAACAGCAGUACUGAAACUUUGACACCAACCUUUAAUGAAAGUGACAGUAUUUUAUAUCUGUUUGUGAAAAGCAGACUGAAAAUUUGGAGUGAGUAGACCUAGUAGCAUAUACUGUCCUUUAUAUGUUAAACCAUGAGAAUCCUAACCGAACUGUAAAAUUGAAAGAAAUCUUAGCUAGGCAUGAACAGAACAUGGUUUUGCUUCCAUUUUCAAGGUGGGAAGCUUUUCUUAAAAAAAGCAAGAAAGCUCCUGCUAGAAAAAUAAUACAUUUCUCCAGUAGACUGUUGCUGGUUUACUGUAUGUCAGUAAUCAGUGGGGUUUUUUGUUGGUGGUUUGUUUUUGUUUUGUUUUGGUCUUGCCUUAAACUCUGACUUUUCUUCCUCUGUGCUUCUGUUUCUGGUACGUUUCUAGACAAAACUAUGUAUUUCCUACUUUUUUCAUUGAAGUACACAUUAAAACAAUUUUGCAUAGUUUUUUUGUAUUCUUUUCAGUAAUUCCAACACUGUUUCCCAUUGCAAUAAUUCAUUGGAAUCUUUCAGCAGUGGCCAAACCUCUGUUCUUUGCAAUGAUGCAAACUGGAGCACUUUUCUCAUGACUUUUUGGAACUCAUAGGAAUAAUCAGAAGGCUGUGUCAGCUGUUGUAAAGCAAUCUUUUUGUAAUGACAAUAGGAAAGACCAUGUACUAUUGUUAAAUAGCUUGUGCAUGUAAAUUGAUUAUAUUUUGUUGCUGUAUGUCAAACUACUGUACUGUAACCAGUGCUUUUAACAAAAAUUAAUGAACUAAGAUAUCUUCAGAGAAAUUCAUCAUGUCUUCUGAAUAUCUCUUUAGCUGACCACAAAAAUGUGGAGGGCAAGCGACGCAUGGUAAGAAAUCUUGGGUUUUUCAGGCAGUUGUCUGAUGUUUUAAUCAAGAAGGUGACGGUUUGGGUACUUGACAAAUGUGAAGAAAUAACUCUUCAUUUGAGAAGACCAGUGGCUCUGCUGGAGGCUGAGAGAAAGUGCUUGAUGGGGCCAAGGUGCCACCCAGAAUACAGUAAGGGUAGUUUGCUUUGCCUGUGGGAUCUGCUUUUUUGUGGAUUGCUUCAUGUGGAGUGGCAGAUUUGUGCCUGAUCCAUACAGUGUCCCUUGACAAGAAGGGUGUGGUUUUUUUCUGGUGUAUGUGGUUGAAAGUAGUCCCUGAUGCUCUGAUCACAAUCUUGAAAAUAUGUAAUUGAAGAGACAGAGCACUAUUAAAAAUGUCCUCUUUGUUUUCUGUGGUUGUCUUCUCCCUCCUCAAUAAAAGGAAAAACAAACGCUACCAGGCUUAUUGAGCAGCUUCAGUAUUACUCCAUUUUUUAUUCCAUCAAGUUUGUCCCAUGCUAACAGGAAUUUUUCUUAAGAGCUGGUAGACCUGAAAUGGUGUUUAUUUUAAAAUGCUGGUUUUUAUUGUAACUUAAAACGUAAAUGUAUUUUUGACUGUAUGUUAUCCCUAGGGACAAAGAACAUGCAUCUGGUAAUGUGGUUACCCAAAUCUACUCGCUGAUAUUUUCUCAUUCAUGUACUUUUGCAUAAAUUAUUUGAAUUUGGGAAAUGUAUUUUGUAUUGUCUUUAAAUUGUCAAAAUUUCUGUAAAGUUUUGUACUACAGCAAA